GGCAGGACCCGGGCCCCAAGAUGGCGGCCCCCAGCGAAGUGGCCGCGGCAGCCUCCCGCGGAGGAGAUGGCGGGGGCGGCGGUUUUGGAUCAUGGCUGGACGGACGAUUGGAAGCGUUGGGAGUGGACCGGGCCGUUUACGGCACCUACAUCCUGGGUGUCCUGCAGGAGGAGGAGGAAGAAGAGAAGCUGGACGCUCUGCAGAGUAUCCUCUCUGCCUUCCUGGAAGAAGAUUCUCUUCUUAAUAUCUGCAGGGAGAUUGUGGAGCGAUGGUCAGAAACUCAGAAUGUUGUCACCAACGUGAAAAAAGAAGAUGAGGUACAGGCCAUUGCUACCCUAAUUGAGAAGCAGGCACAGAUCGUAGUGAAGCCCAGGAUGGUGUCAGAAGAGGAGAAGCAGAGAAAAGCAGCCCUCCUGGCCCAGUAUGCCGAUGUGACAGAUGAAGAGGAUGAAGCUGAUGAGAAGGAUGAUUUGGGUGCAUCCACAAUGAACAUUGGUUCUGACAAAUCUCUCUUCCGAAACACCAAUGUGGAAGAUGUCCUCAGUGCCCGAAAACUGGAACGAGACUCACUUCGGGAUGAGUCCCAAAGGAAGAAGGAACAGGACAAGCUGCAAAGGGAGAGGGACAAACUAGCCAGGCAGGAGCGCAAGGAAAAGGAAAAGAAAAGGACACAGAGAGGGGAGCGAAAGCGAUAACCUUGGCCCACUCUAUUCUUCUCCCCCAUGAACUUGAUCAAAGGAACUGGUCGUGCAAUGUGUAUUUAAGAGAAGUGAGAUAAUGUUGUGAAGUGGUUUCCCAAGGCAUUUUUCCUUUUGUUUACAUGGUUAAAAGGAAGAUCACAGUCACUUCUAAUUAGAAAAUGUGCCAUGUUUCAGUGGUGUGGGCCAUCAGAUUAUUAUAGUUGCUUUCUUUACCAAUGAUCUGGAAUAGGGGCAGUCAUAGUUUAAUAUUGAAGUCCUGUGCUCUUUUUGGCCACUUUAAAAAGUCUUCCCUCACCUUGGAUAAAUUGCAGGAGGAUUCAGAAAGCUAACAGUUAGUUUUAAUCCUGAAGGAGCAGAAACAUGAUCCCUCCUUCCCCAAGAUGAAAUGUGGGAAUGCAAAUUGCCUUAGAGGCAGUAUUCACCCCUAAAUAUAGUAUUGUUUUAUGGCUGAAAUAGAAAGCUAAUGAAGAGUCCUUCCUGGAUUCAGAUUUUAUGUUACAUUGUAGCAAACUAGGAAAAUGGGAAGAAAUUAUUUGGGAGGUGUUCCAGAUCUGAGAAUUUUUUUUUUUCCCUUUUUGUCUUUUUUUACUGACCGGUAAU